GAGGAAUGGAAAUCUAACCUAAAAUUUCGCCUACAAUGUACACGAAAUAGUUGACAUGUCACAAUCUGUCAAAAAAACAGUGGCUAUAAUUAAAGAAGAAAAUGACUACCAGCAAUUUUUUAGGGCUCGAUAUCAAGAAACUUUUCGAGGCUCACACAAUCAAGGAGAUCGAGCAGAUUCAAAAACAGAUACAGCAGGAGAGCGAAAGGAAGAAAAUUGAAUUAAGGACACUAGUUGGCGAAAGGUAUCGUGAUUUAAUUCAAGCUGCUGACACAAUUGCCGAGAUGAAGGAAACUUCAGAAUGUGUUGUGUCAAGAAUUGCCGGUAUACAAGAAACUUUUCAGUUCUUGCAACAGAAAUACCUAAUCGGUUUUAAGAUGGAACCUGACAAACAAAUGCUCACAAGAGAAUCACAGCAUAUAUCCGAUUCGGUAGUAAUGCAGAUAAAAAUUUUAAUGGACAUUCCAGAACAUAUAUGGUCAGCAGUUGACAGUAAAGACUUUCUGCUAGCCACACAAUUGUUUAAAAUAGCUCAACACAUUAACUAUAGUUUAAAGUUUGAAGUUGGUAAUUCAGAAUUGGCAAAUAAAUAUCCGAUUGUUGGAAAACAAUGGGGUAUUAUUAGUCAAUUCAAAACUGUCAUCUUCAACGGGUGUAACAAUGUACUUCAAGCUUUGGAGCUGUCUAAAGAGUCUGCUGCUAAUUGCCUUGCAUCGUUGGUAUUACUUGAUGAAGCGUCUUCAGCAGAUCUACUCAAUAAACUUAUAUCACUUAGAAGUCAGGCUAUUAAAUUCAUAAUCACAGAUGAAAAUCAUCAUAGUGUUAGAAAUCGGAUUAAAAUGAGUAUCAAAAUGUUUAUGGAAACAGUAGCUCUCAUCUAUGCUUGUUUUGUCAAAUCAAACGACAAUCAAGGACUGAUUUUACAACACAUUAAAGAAUCGAUACAAGUAGAAGCUUCUGUUAUGCUUUCUGGGCUGGACUUAGAUCAAGAUUUACUGCAGAAAUAUCUUCCAUCAGUCACAAAAACACACAAACCUUUUUCAAGAGUUGAAUUUUCCGGUGUCGCUUUGGAAGAUCUUCAACAGAACCUCAAAUCCUGGCUGGAAUGGACAAGAAGUUUCACUGAUUCAGAGGUUUCUAAAUUACUUUAUCUCGUGACAUCAGUUAAGGGUAUACAUAUUAUUCGAGAAGAAGCACUUGCUGUUCAAGUUCCCGAAAAUUGGAACUCUAUUUGGGAAGAUUUGGCCUUGCCUGGUAUAAACUUUUGGUCUGAAUUUUUCCAACCACUUCUUACCAAACGGGUGAAAGAGAUCGUCACGGACAAAUGGAAGGAAAAUUUGUCGAACCUAAAAACAAAUAUCUCAGACUUGCUCAUCAAAGUUUCCAACGAAAAGUUCGAGUAUCCUGAACACGAUUUGCGAUGGUUCGUUUGGAAAGAUUCUCCAACCGACAUUCCGCAGAACCUUUCCAAAAAUGUAGGUCUGGACCACAAGAGAUCAUUGUUAAUGAAAGCGAAAGGAUAUUCCCCAAAUGUAGUGAAGCUGUGUGAAGAUUUCGACAAAAGUCUCUACGUUUUGCUCACGGAUCUCGAGCAGUAUUUGUAUGAAACAGAGCAAACAUCGACAGGCAAAGACAAUUUGCUUGAGAUUAGCAUUUUUUUAGUUUCAAAUAAAUUCAGCGAUCGGGAGGAGAUUCAGAAUGAGUUGCAAAUUAUAAGCGCGGCGAUGAUCAGCAAUUUAACGAAAUUCGUGAAAGAAGAUUGUGUCGUUGGUCAACCCAGAUUUGGAAAACAAAAUAUAAAUGCCAUUGUCACUGCGAGAUUCUUACAGGCGUUGACCUUACUCUCUCCAAAUUUGAACAAGUGCUUCACUCUGUUCAAGACUUCGGGACUCAUUGUCACGAAUGUUAAAUGGCAGGAGAUGUGUGAAGUGUUGAAAGAAGAGAGUAUUUCGGUUUGGUCCGUGUGGGCUCAGACUUACAAAAAUACGCUGAUAAAGCAUCGAGAUUGGUACUUGAUGAAAGAGGCAGUCAGUGGAUUGCGAGUUCAUUUGAUGAUUUCGGAAUGGGAAAGAGUUACGAUAGAGGAAGAAGCAGAAGAAGGGAAGAGGAUAAAGUCUGAAAUUCUUGUUCCUUAUCAACCCUCAGUUUACUUGCAACAGUAUCUUGCAGCGAUUUGUAAGGAUUUGAAUAAGCUCGUGCCACAUAGUAUUCCAAAGAGCGUCCUGCAUCAAAUUAUAGUUGAAGUUGUCUUAGAAGCUUUAUAUUAUUAUGAGAAAACAUCCACAAGUCCAGAUUUGAGACAAAAAUUAGCGAUUCAAAUUCUCUUUGAUGUUAAGUACUUAACUUUGCUGAUGAUACCAAGAGAGAAUAAGACUCUAGGCGAAAAAUCGACUCUUGUAUGCAAUAAUGUAAUCUCCAAGAUUGAUCCUUUUGACUUGGAUGUCUUCUAUCCAUUCAUUCAUACAAAUGUGAAGAAAGCAGUUCAAAGAACUUUGCUGAUGUUUGGGAACCUAGUGCCUCAUUUGGAGCAGUUACUUUCUGUAUUAGGAGCAAGGGCUGAUCAGAGUUCUGGUGAUAGAUCGAAGACCAUGAAAGAUCCACCAGGAGUUCUUGCUUUGAGCACUGGGGCUCCCUGGUUUCCACCAUUGGCUGUUACAGCACCAUCGAAAAAUUUGCCACUCAUCUCAGUACCAAUGCCUGAAAAGAUGCAGAAAAAGAAGACUUCUACUAAGGAGCAUGCUCGGAACGAUUCUACUGGAGCGGCUAUAAAAUCUGGAGCAGCUGCAUUUUUCGGUGCUAUGGGGUCUGACUGGUUCAGUACAAGUUGAUUUGUUCAUAUUUAUGUUCAUUAUUGUUUUAUAGAAAUUGUAAAUCUUUGCAAUUAAUAUUGCAUAAAUUUAUACAUACAUUUGUAAAAUAAGAUCUUUUAAUAUACAA